GCUUCGUUGCAACAACACAGCCAAGAAGAUGCAUAUGCCUUCCCUGUUCUUUGUGGCGGUUGCCUUGGUCACUCUGACCCCCAUCGCAGAGGCAAAACCAGGUAACGACAAGCCUGUCAACGACCUGGAGUUGGAAGAAAUAAGGCUGAGCGCAGACAACCAGUUUGCGGAAAUUGUCCUGGAAAACUACGGAAUACCGGUCAACUGGGAGUUGCUUUGCAAUACCGAGCAGGAGAAUUCCUCCCUCUGCAACGACUUCCUGCACUACCGGUCCAGCGAUGGCACGUGCAACAACCUGCAUAAAUUGAGUUGGGGAUCCGCUUAUAAGCCCUACCGACGCCUGGCUGGUUACGAGUAUGGUGACGGCAUUUCGAUCCCGCGUAAAGCCAGCGACGCCAGCGAGCUGCCCAACGCCCACCUCGUCAGCCGCACUGUCGACAGACUGCCCAGCUCUCCGUCCUCUUCCUCAUAUCUGCACAAGCUGUUCGGCCUCUUCGUGACCCUCGACCUCGCCGCCACGCCCUUGGUUGCAGCUGCUAAGAACGAAACCAUCUCGUGCUGCCAAAAGUCCCGGGAUAACGUCACUGCAAUUAUCAACUCCAAGUGCGUCAGCGUCAGCAUCUCUGCCAAGGACACGUUCUUCAGCGAAUUCGAUCAGCAGUGCAUGGAGGUGGUGCGCUCAGCCCCUGCACCGAAAUGCGAAUCCGGCCCGAGGGAUCAGAUGAACGUGGCAACCGCCUACCUUGAUGCCUCCACGGUCUACGGCUCCGACCAACACACCAUCAAUUCACGCCGCACCUUCAACAAAGGCCAUCUGCAUGUUACUGGCGAAAGUGUGGAUUCCCAGUAUUUGAUCUCACAGAAUAUUGAGGCCCUGGUCAAAGUGAUCUAUCACAUGGUCACUCGCUACCACAACAACAUAGCAGAUCGCCUCAAGGAAACCAAUGUGGACUGGGAUGAUGAGACGCUUUUCCAGGAAAGCCGCAGGAUCGUAGUCGCCCAACUACAGCAAGUCGUUUACAACGAAUAUCUUCCUAAACUCCUCGGACCACAGGCGAUGACUGAAUACCAGCUGACGCCUCUCACUGGGACACAAAGAAGAGAGGACUACAGUGCUAGCAAGACUAUUGCGACUAGUUCCGAGUUCGAAACUGCGAGCCUCCACUUGAGCCAGAGCCAGAGUCCGUACCUAAUUGAAUUAGAGGGUAAAGGAAUAGAUAUUGAAAAGUUCCUUGAGUUUGCACCUGCCGACGUGCUUCGUGGCCUCAGUCGGAAUGAUGCCGGCAAACUGGCCUUUACAAAGGAGAUAACGGCUAGCCACGAGCCUCUCGGAAUCGACUUAUUGGCUCUGAACAUCCAGCGUGGGCGUGAGCACGGUUUGGCUGGAUACAUGGCAGUGCAAGCGGCCUGCAAGAUCAACGAUAUCAACACUUUCGCAGACCUAACCAACAUCAUGGACCAAAAAAUCAUUGACCGCCUACAGAGUGUGUACAACGACGUAAGGGACAUUGAUCUCUUGAUCGGUGCAGCUUUUGAACGACCAGUCCCCGGUGGAGAGCUGGGACCCACGUUGACUUGCGUUCUGGCUGAGCAGUUCUCCAGAAUUCGCCAGGCAGAUAGGUACUGGUACGAGACCCAUGUCGACGAUACUAAGUUCGACGAUGAUCAACUGAAAGCAUUGCACAGUACGACUCUUGCGGCCAUCAUGUGCGACGCAUUCCCUGAACUGCUGGUGGUUCAGAAGCGUCCCUUCGAGGUGGUGUCGGCAGAGAACCCUCUGGUGUUUUGUAGGAGCGUACCCCGUAUGGGACUGGAGGCAUGGACCAAUAAAAGUGUUGUCACAUUAUUCCAAAGUUCAGGACUCUCGAGAAGAUAUGGAGAGUUUAAGCGGACAUUAAAUCUAUCGCUGGAGACGAUUUCAUAUCAGGGACCGCAACCAAAGUACCCAAGUGAAAAGUGUCUUCAUCAUUCAAGGCAGUCGGCCCAUGAACAGACCUCAGAGGCAAAGGCCCCUGACGCGUAUUAA